AUGGGAUCGGAGGCGGAGACGAUGACGGCGGCGCGGCGGCACCAUGCCGUGAUGAUCCCGUACCCGGCGCAGGGGCACGUCACGCCGAUGCUGAAGCUGGCCAAGCUGCUCCACGCGCGCGGCUUCCACGUCACCUUCGUCAACACCGAGUUCAACCACCGCCGCCUGGUGGUGUCGCGGGGCGCCGCCGCGGUCGACGGCGUGGCGGGGUUCGACUUCGCCGCCAUCCCCGACGGCCUCCCGCCGUCCGACCCAGACGCCACGCAGGACAUCCCGGCCCUGUGCCACUCCACCAUGACCACCUGCCUGCCCCACCUGCAGGCGCUCCUGGCGAGGAUCAACGACGCCGGCGCGGCCGGGUCCGGGGUGGUGCCGCCGGUUACCUGCGUCAUCUGCGACGGCGUCAUGUCGUUCGCGUACGACGCGGCGAGGCAGAUCGGCGUGCCCGUCGCCGCGCUGUGGACGGCCAGCGCGUGCGGCUUCAUGGGGUACCGCCACUACCGGCAGCUCGUCGACCGGGGGCUCGUGCCGCUCACGGACGCGGCGCAGCUCACCGACGGGUACCUCGACACGGUGGUCGGCGGCGCGCGCGGCAUGUGCGACGGCGUCCAGCUCCGCGACUUCCCCAGCUUCAUCCGCACCACGUACCGCGGCGACAUCAUGCUCAACUUCCUCAUCCGCGAGUCGGAGCGCCUCUCCCUCCCCGACGCCGUCAUCGUCAACACCUUCGACGACCUCGAGCGCCCGGCGCUCGACGAGAUGCGCAAGAUCCUCCCGCCGGUCUUCACCGUCGGCCCUCUCCUCCUCCACGUCCGCCGCGUCGUCCCCGCGGGCUCGCCGCUCGACGCGGCCGUCGGAUCCAACCUCUGGAAGGAGCAGGACGGCCUCCUCGCCUGGCUCGACGGCCGGCCGCCGCGCUCCGUCGUGUACGUCAACUUUGGCAGCAUCACCGUGAUGACGAACGAGCAGCUGCUGGAAUUCGCCUGGGGCCUAGCCAACAGCGGCUACCCGUUCCUCUGGAACGUGCGGCCCGACCUCGUCAAGGGCGACGCGGCCGUGCUCCCGCCGGAGUUCCUCGCCGCCGCGGAGGGCCGCGGCCUGCUGACGACGUGGUGCCCGCAGGAGAAGGUGAUCGAGCACGCCGCCGUCGGGGUGUUCCUGACGCACUCCGGCUGGAACUCGACGCUGGAGAGCCUCUGCGCCGGCGUGCCGAUGCUGAGCUGGCCCUUCUUUGCGGAGCAGCAGACCAACUGCCGGUACAAGCGCACGGAGUGGGGCGUCGGGAUGGAGAUCGGCGGCGAGGCGCGGCGGGGGGAGGUGGCCGCCAUGAUACGAGAGGCCAUGGAGGGGGAGAAGGGGCGGGAGAUGCGGCGGCGCGCGGCGGAGUGGAAGGAGAUGGCCGCGCGGGCGUCGCUGCCAGGUGGGCCCGCGGAGCGCCACCUGGACCGGCUCAUCGACGAGGUCCUGCUCUGUGGCGGGAAGAAGGGUGGAAAUCUUAAUAAGUAA